CCAUGUCGUGCUUCUUAAAAUACCACGCAUCCGUACACCAGAAAUGCGCCCCGAGUCAGGACAUCUUACUGGCGCGGACUGUCAGUGGCUGCCGCUAUGUGCCAUGUCUGGUGUACAUGCUACUGGCCAGAUGGACCGUUUGACCACUCGUGCGUGCGAUGCUACGCCUUGGGCUGUUCGUAGUCCUUAUUUAUCGGCUUGGACGUUUUACCCGAUUAGGGAAAAUGUCAGUUUCGCGUCGUUGGCUCGAUUUGUUUACGUCUUGCAUGGCUCACGCGUCACUAGCCAUGCUCCGCCACGGGCCUGGCCCAAGCACCCCUGCACCAGAAACUUUGAAAUCACGCCGUGAAAAAAAGUGGUCUUUUGCGGCUGUUACCCGGCUUCUGGUGGCCCGGCUAACUUUCUGCAUUUGUACCCCGUGUAAUCACGGAGGUAGCCAAGGGUGGGGGUAAGCGUGGCACACGACUCACGGUGCCAGCUGGUCCCUUAUGGACCAGCUGGAUGCUCAAUUGUACGUGCUCUGGGUGUCUCCCACGCUGGCGCCGUGUUGCAUCCGCACAACCCGACAGCCCUCGUCCGACCUCGACUCCGG